GCCUCCUGGGGUUCCAACGGCGCUUCCUUCAUGUACUGUACAGUUUUGAUAUUCUUGUUUCACGAUCGUCAUUGCGCUUCUAGACCCUAGAUCUCUUUCUCUCACCGUUGGACAACGACCUUGGGGCUCUUACGCUUCCGUCUUGAUCUUGAUCUCACUCGCAGAUUUAUUGAGACGUAUCCAACCCAUGGUCGCAUCAUGGUAUCGGCGCGCGAUUACAUGUUACUGAAGAACAGGCAUCUACCAAUCUCGUCAAUCUCCAAAACCAUAACAGCAUGGCGCGCGCCACUUCAGUCGUGCAAGAAUAUUCAUCUGGACAAGAUGCCGGGGCGGCGCCGACUUUGACGCUGUCGGAGAAAAUCCAGCGGGAAAUCGAAGAGAAUGGCAUCGCCCGGCCCAAAGGGUACACGGUAUCAUGGCACCACAACCCAGCAGUAGAGAACCACCACUUUGGCCAGACGCACCCGAUGAAACCGUGGCGACUCACGCUGACCAAAUCGCUGGUUCUGUCGUACGGCAUGCACACGGCGAUGGACACAUAUAUCUCACGAGCAGCGACACGCGACGAAAUCGCGGAAUUCCAUAAGGAGGAAUACGUCGAGUUUCUCAACGUCGCGACGCCGCAGAACAUCUAUGAAAUGUACCCGGAGCUCGCGACCGGGCCGCAGGGGUACACGUCGUCGAUUUUCGGAGUGGGCGAGGACUGUCCGAUUUUCGACGGGCUGUAUGCCUUCUGCACCAACUACGCGGGCGCCUCGAUCGACGCGGCGCGCAAGCUGGUCAACCAGCAAUCCGACAUUGCGAUCAACUGGAGCGGCGGGCUGCAUCACGCGAAAAAGGCCGAGGCCUCGGGCUUCUGCUACGUCAACGACAUUGUGCUGGCCAUCCUACAGCUGCUGCGCUACCACCCGCGCGUGCUGUACAUUGAUAUUGACGUCCACCACGGCGACGGGGUGGAGCAAGCAUUCUGGUCCACGGACCGAGUCAUGUGCGUUUCGUUUCACAAAUACGACAAGGAAGUCUUUUUCCCCGGCACGGGUCCCUUGGAUUCCACGGGUCCCCUACACCCGGACAACCCGGGCAAGAACUAUACGAUCAAUGUGCCGCUGAACGAUGGCAUCGACGACGACGGCUAUGCUUACUUGUUCCAGAACGUCAUCGAGCCCACGAUCAAAAUCUACAAGCCCACCGCGAUUGUGCUGCAAUGCGGCGCCGAUAGUCUCGGCCACGACCGUCUGGGCUGUUUCAACCUCAACAUCCGCGGCCAUGGAAGGUGCGUCGAUUUUGUCAAAAGUUUCCGUAUCCCCAUGCUCGUCGUCGGCGGCGGCGGGUAUACCCCGCGUAACGUCGCUCGUGCUUGGGCACACGAGACCUCUAUUUGUAUCGGCGCAGACAAGAACCUCAACCCCGCUCUGCCUGAACACUUGCCGUAUCGCGAGGCUUUUCGCCGCGAAGGCUUGACCCUGUUCCCCAACCUGGGCGGUUGGAGGAAGGAAAAUAUGAAUUCUAGAGCUGACAUUGAACGCAUCAUUCGUCAUGUCCGCGAGCAGCUGAGCUAUAUCCGUGGAGCCCCGUCCGUUCAAAUGCGCUAUAUCCCGCCUGAUAUCCAGGGCUGGAGGGAGGAAGUUGAGGAGGAAUUGAAGGCUCAUCGCAUGGACAAGGAAGAAGUCAAAGAGGAAAAAGAUGGUGCCGGUGGCCUGUUGGCCAAGGCGAGUCGGAGAAGGGAGUUGGAGCGGAAUGGUUUCACGGGCGGUAACGCCAGGGCCGGCGAUAUCGUGUCUUAACUUAAAGAGCACUUUAUCCCCGUGACAGACAGAGGGGCGUGUCAUUUUUUACGAGUUUACUUUCAGUGGGACGGCGUACGGAAUGUAUGGUAUGCACAGGAUGAGGACAUUUGUAUGGACGGGGCGGCAGACAAUGCAAUGUCCGAUAACGGACGCUACUUUCAACAGCGGGUACAUAAUGCUGAAGAUAUUGAAAGCAAACUUAGCUUGAUGUCUCUGUUCGAGUUUUGCUAGCAUCUCUGCAAAGCUAGCAGUAACCUAUCUCAAUCCUCCAGUCUAUGGCAGCCUGGGAAUUUAAUACAGCUGUCGCCAACUGCUUGUUUGGGUUUUAAACUCGCUCUCGACAGGCUAUCUCCUGCCGCAGCCCGUAUUAUUUUGAUACGAUCCAUGCGCAGCUCUUUGGCUGCUGGUCAACUGCAAAUGCUGUCGGGUAUCCUUUUGAAGAAAACAAGAGCGUCGUAUCCCCAUCUGUGAGGAAUUUCUGAGCGCGAACGAAAACUUGAUGCAACGCCAUGGCUAUGCUGCUGAGACGAAAACAUGAGCGACGAGCUGGUAGCCAUGCAAAAUCAUAAUACAUUGAAGGGGCUCCAAUCGUGGGAACUUCUGAUCAGUCCCGGCAUUUGAUGGGAGCCAAGGUCCUAGGACGGGUCCAGGUCAAUGUCGACCUUGGGUGCGGAUUUGCCAUUGACCAUAUGAUCAUUAUCCCCCUGAUGUUGGCUUUUGGCAGGCUGCAUUUUAACGCCCGCUUCCUUAUCUGCCUGUGCAAUCUUGAUAUACCAUUGAUCGAAGUAUCUGCACGUAAC